UAGACAGAUUCUGAAUAGCUCACGUGCACAUCUAUAGGUUUAGUCAGAUGUUUGUUAUUGUUCUUGACCAGCUGAAUUGAAUUUUGUGAAGUAAACUGGCCAAAAAAUGAAAGGCGGAACGUUUCGCAACACGCAAUGGGACCCCACGCUACUGACCUCCCAAAUCAUCUCGAUGCAGUUCUGCGUGUACUUCACACUUGGCCUCCUCGUGUUCGUAGCCAACAAGUUGUCUGGCGACAACUACACACUGGACCAUUUAUUCGAAUAUCGUGAAAUACACAUAUACGACCUAGGCGGUAGGCUGGUCAUUUGCGCCUUUGUCGUAAAUGCGUUUAUAGCUUCGCUGGCUCUGUGGUGCAUAGUAAGACGUGCGAAGCUGUGUCUGGACUUCAGCUGCACCUUUCAUGUCCUGCACUUGCUAAUUUGCUGGUGGUACAAUCGUUCAUUCCCCGCGAACGCCUCCUGGUGGCUGCUAAACGUCAUAACAGGAACCAUUAUGUGCAUAGGCGGGGAGUUUCUCUGUCUUCAUACCGAAAUGAAAGAGAUUCCAGUAGGCUAUGCUGCUCUCAACCAAAAGUCGGACGUUUGAUGGUCGAAAUUGCCAUUCACUUGUGAUGCUUGUUAGCUUUCCCAAGCCACCCAAUUCUCCAACGUACAUAUAAUUUAUUGUUAAACUAGAAUACGAUUACAUAGCAUUAUACCCUGUUGUGCGUUUGGACUAAUGUAAUAUCUGGUAGACGAAGGGCGGCCCGUGCUUCAGCUUGAGUCCCUCUGGCACCAUCCCCGGGAGUAUGGAGAACUUUGCUUCUGGCCCGCUGUAAUUGCGCGAAAUCAGCGACCAUAAGUGCACCUCCCGUGGAACAAACAUCCAGUAACUGAAGGCCAGCGUUAAAGUGAGGAUCAGUGAGCCCAACAAAAACAGCAUCCAGCACAGACCACGUUGUGACUUCUGCAUAUUGUCUCGAAAGCAAACUGACACACGAAAAUGUACACAGCCGAUCCGCAAAAUAUUAAACAAAUGAAUGCAGCAAAAAAUGCCCGUAAUUGAACAACACCCGAAUAGCUCGCGCGGGUGUGGUCGUGCGGCAGGUAGCUUCCAUUAAGGUCACGCCCAUUUCCUUUUUUAAAUUUUAGCGACAACACAACGCAAGAAAGUUGCGCCGCAAGCUUCGAGCUUUACUCUCUACACAAAUUUAUCUGAGAAGACAAACAAAGAAUCGACAGCACGAGUCCGUUCCUCUCCCCUGCAACUGCCCCUGUCCCUGCCACCACAAUGCAAAGCGAACUAAUCAGGUUUGUCUAAUCUAAUCUAAUUAGUGUAUGGGACCACGAUCGUUAUUUCCGUCGACAGGCAGCCCAACAGACUUCGCUGUACUGGUAUUUCCCAAUUACUCUCGUCGCUGGAAGCUAUGCUCGUUCGACUCGAAACCUUUUCGGAUCGCACAUCGCACUCAUCAAGUAUGUUACAUCUCAUACAUAUGAAGAGUGCACGCAUCAUUUAUGCAAUUCGUUUUUAAAUUUAUUUAAACGUAUUUUUGUUCGCCUGAGCAUAAAAUAAAUUGAAAUUAUCAAGAGCUGCCUGACAUAUGAGAAAAAUCGGCUUUUAGCUGGAAACAUGCUAUAAUUGGGAUGUUGCAACACUGUAAGCUGGAGACUUUGAAAUGGCUGUUAUUAAACUAUGAAAUAUAGUUAAUAUCAUACCGUCGGCUUAUAGUUCUAUAGCAAUUAGACAAUAUUCAGUGUAGCAUAGCAGUCACUUCCUUACUUAAUAUCAUACAUACAUAAUAUUUCGCUGUUUGAUAUUUUAUUAAUCGCCAGUUAAGUCAUGCUCGUAAAUUAUUGGGUUUGUUGCAUGGGAAGGAUGCUCUUUGAAAGAUAUAUGUAGCUAUGUAUUGUACGGCGCGACAAAAUUUGUUUCCAUGCUGUUUUAAUGUGUUAAGCCGAACCUUUUUUGGAAUAAAAUAUUUGUCGAACACUAGCUUGGAUCAAAAGGGCUGUCCUGAGUUGGGGUCGUCGCGCUGUAAUGUACAAAGGACCACUAACAUUCUACGGCCAGGAGCCCGAUGCGACGGCUCUCGAUCAAGCCCUGCAGACCAAGACAUUUCGGACUUUCCCCAGAGGCGAGUGGACCGAUCUUGAGAACAGAACUAAACUCUUCCAGAUGUUCCUGAUCUAUAUUUCCUAGAUUUAGCUGCUCCAUACUCGUGAUUAAAUUUAUUUAAAACUCCAUACGAAUAAAGAACAUAAGCACAUAUGUACAUAAGUUAAAGAAUUCAUAUACAACGGCUUUCAUCUUUAAGCAUCGACUUGUAGAAACAUUUUUAACGCAAUGUGUCUCAUACAAACGUAGCUGUUUAUUUAGGAAAUAUUUUAAGGAAAAGUUUUCUGUGAAACUACAUUCAAAAAUAUUAAACUAAAUUAAAUAAAGAGGAUUGCAUUUGGAAUCGAAA